AUGUCGGCUCACUGGGAUGAAGACAUUUACGAGAUUCAAGAUCACACAUUUGUUGUAGAAGCACGUCGUUCUCAUAUCCAACAUCACACUUCUCGGCUAGAUACAUCAUACGAGGACCAAGUGCUGGGUGACGGAAUGGUCGAAAAGUCGGAGGAUAGCAAGAAGAGAGGACGUUCUUCGUCGAGUAGUUCCUCUAGCAGUUCAGGAUCAUCUUCUUCGGGAAGCAGCUCAUCAGGCUCCCGCUCUUCAAGCUCGUCCUUGUCAUCACGCUCACGUUCUCGCUCUCCACGUCGUCGUGAAAACGGUCGGGUUCGCGGCGGGCGCUCUCGAUCUCCAAUCCGCCGUGGUGGCUCUCCACCACGCGGAGCUCGUGCGGAUCGCGGUGGAGGUCGUCCAUCUCCAUCUCCACCACGUCGACGUCGUGUCACUCCAUCGCCACCUCGUCGUGAUCGUCGUGAUCGAAGCAGAAGUGGUCCGAGGAGACGCUCCUCGCCGAGAAGAGCCAGCCCGGCUCCAGCGAGAUCCGCUAGUCCUAUCAAGCGUGUCGUUAUCAAGAAUCUAAGCAGAAAUGUUCUCCGUGCACAUCUUGAAGAGAUUUUCUCGAUUUACGGAGCGAUCACCAAAGUAGACUUGCCAGUGGAUCGUAAUCAUCAGCAUCUUCAUCGUGGAAUCGGAUACAUUGACUACGAGAGUGUAGAAGACGCAGAGAAGUCUAUCAAGUAUAUGGAUGGUGGUCAAGUCGAUGGUCAAGUGAUCCAAGUAGAGAUGACGAUUGGUGGUCGUGCGUAUGUUCCAGGACAACGUCGUGUGUCUCCUUUCAGAAGACGAGCUUCUCCACCACCGAGAGACAGAAAAUCGCCGAUUCGACGUGGAGGAGGAGGAAGAAGUCCACCAACAUUCCGCAGACGUUCACCAAUGGCAGGAGGUCGUCGCUCACCAAUGGGAGGACGUGGUUCUGGUGCCAACAAUGCACCAUUGGGUCCAAGCAGAUUCCGUCGUGGAGGCAGUCGUUCUCGUUCGCCAGUCGGCAGAAGAUCCCGCUCGUAA